AUGACUAGGCAGCUUAAAGCAGUUGUACUCGCCCUGCCCAGCAGGUCGCGACAACUCUUUGUGAAUUUUAGUUUUCUGCUAGUAGCAUGUUUCAUUGGCUGCGUUAUUAUCACCUUCCAUGGCUUGGAUAUCCGUCCCUCUGGCGAGGCCGGCGCCACGUCCUCACCUAGGGUUCUUGGGGCCGAGGCGGCCGUGAAGAGGAAACGUGUGUUACAUGCAGUACGUGACCCAGCAACAGGAAAAGUGAUUUAUCCAGAGAAGAAGUUUCUUUCAGAGAAGACAAAGACAGCAGCCAGUCCAGCAUCGAAUGCACCUCCAAUACGUCAGUUGGACAAGGCCUCGUUCUCUUCGUUCUUAGACGAACGUGGUCAGGUUCUCGUUUACUUCUACGGCGACGAAAGGUGCACGAAGUGUAAGGCGACUGGCCCUGAAAUCGAUGACAUAAACAGUGGAUUGGCGAAGUACUUUUUCUCUACCUCUCUGGCUCAAGUGGAUGUGUCGAAGCACCCGGAGCUGGCGCAAGAUCAAGAUAUCGCGCAAGUUCCUGCCCUCGUUUUCUACGGAGAAGGAUCAAAGGGCGUGCCAGAGCAGUACCGCGGCAAGCUGAGGGCUAACCGAGUCUUCGACUGGCUGAGGCGGCAAGAUGGAUCAUUCUACAGAGAUCUGGUGGUCGUGCGUCGCCACCAGAAAGCCCCGAUGUCAGUAGAAGAUGAAGAGAGGAUUCUUAAAAAGGCAGCGGCGAAUUCGCCCUUCACGACCGUGAUCGCAUACACUGUGCCAGGCAGUCCGAAGGACAAACUGAUCAAGGAUAUCGCCCAUGAAGGAGACGCGAUGCGUGGAACCCUCUUCCACUUCAUACCCGUAACGGAUUUCAGAAAGAGCAAGAUCGAGAUCUACAAAGCAAAGCUCUCCGAAACCUGUAUUGAUGUCGACAAUCUCGCAAAGACAAAAGCCCUUGCGACGAUUCUGUACGAUGCGACGACGAGCGACUACCAGGAGUAUGUGGACGUGCUGCUCCAGCAUGCGCGCGACAUGAAAGACAAAUUGGUGUUCACGUUCGCGAAUCAGCGCGACUCAAAGGAGAUGCUGCAGUUCAUGGGUUUCGACUCGGGCUGGCCCACGCUCAUGAUCACGGAGACUGCGGAGCAGGGCCGGAAAAAUGUGCUGAAGGCAGGAAGUUACACUUUUUCCGCGGGCCCCAAAAAGUUCGUCCUCAAAGGACCCUUCAACUGGGGAGCGUUCGAUCAAUUCUUCAAAAACUUCGCAAACAAGAGACUACCUGCGGCUUUCCGAUCGAACUUGCCUCCCGUGCGCUCGGCUGAGCACGAAGAAGCUGCAAUUCAGGACAUGUGCCAUUACAGCCUGAAGACUGCGCUGCGCGGUCUCGGCAAGUGGAUCUUUGUACUCUAUUACGACGAGAAAGGAUGCUCUGCCUGCGCAGAGGCAAUGAAGGUGUUUGUGACUGUAGGGAAGCGCGUGAAAAAGUGGACAGUGAAGGAUGUCAUGGUGGCGAGAUAUCCCUCGGAUUUAAAUGACCCAAUCGACCCUGCCGCUACCCUCCCACGGCCCAUGCUCAUUGCCUAUCCUCCAGACGGGGACAAGCUGGAAAAACAUAUUGUGUAUGAGGGAGAAUUCGUUGAAGAACUGGUUAUUGAGUUCAUGAAGGGAGAAAUCCGCAAAAGAUGGAAGCGCGCUGAGCUCUGA